AUGGUGAAUAGAUAUGUUGCUGAACAAGUUUUCAGUUAUUUUGGCCUGGUUCUUUGGUCUUUUCAAUUGGCUCCUCAAGUGUGGAAAAGCUAUCGUAGAAAAUCAACGGAUGGUGUGUCGCCUUGGACAAUGUUGAUCUGGGCAAUCUCAGGUGCCCUUCUUGGAAAUUACAAUGUCGGAUUGAAUGUGGCAAUUCCUCUCCAAAUCCAACCCCAAUUAUUUACAUUUAUUGCUAUUAUAUGUCUUGCUCAAGAACUGCAUUACAGCUUCAAAUGGUCUGUUUUAAGAUCUUGGUUGGCUUUUGUUAUUACUGUCUUGUUGGCAGGUGGCUUUGAAGCUGGCAUGGUGUUUGCAUUUAGGGCGGCACAAGAUAAUGGGGUGGAUAAAGCAAUCACCUUUUUUGGUGUUAUUCCUGUUAUAACUAUUCUUAUUGGAUUUGCUCCUCAAUACUAUACCAUCUUCCGUGACUUAAAGGUCGAAGGAAUUUCGCACGUAUUCUUGGCUAUGGACUUUUUUGGAUCUAUAUUCUCAUUUAUUGCCCUAGCAUUUAGAGACAAGAUGGACGUCUUAUCACUAGUCAAUUAUGCUGGAAUUGCUGUGUUUGAUGCUGGAAUUCUAAUUCUCUACUAUGUAUUCAAAUGGUACAAUGGAAAUGAAGGAGGAAGGCGAAAGAAAGGAGACAUCAGUGAUGUCGAGACCCAAUGCCCUGAAAAAGAAACAGAGGACAAGAAAAUAAGUCCAGACGAUUCUACUUCAACCACCUAG